AUGUGGAGACUCUGCCAGGUUCUUCUGCUACUGAUCCUGUCGUUCUCCUCGGCCCAAACAGAUCCAUUGCGGAGUCAGAUUGUUGGGGGGCACGAAGCCAAGCCCCACUCCAGACCCUACAUGGCUUACUUAGAGGAUCCUGAAGGCUAUAUCUGUGGCGGAUUCCUGGUGGCGCCCCAGUGGGUAAUGACGGCUGCGCACUGCAAUCGCACCUAUAGAGUCAUCUUGGGGGCACAUAACACCCGCCUUAAUGAAACCUCUCAGCAAGUAUUCACCGUUAAGGGUAACUACGAACACCCUUAUUAUUAUAUCGACAAGAAGAGCGCCUCAAACGAUAUCCGUCUGCUCAAGCUGGAUUCCAAGGCUACUCUGAAUGGAUAUGUCCAGAUCCUGCGCUUGCCCCAAUCCGAACGUGACCUCUCCCAUGGGACCCCCUGCAGCGUGGCAGGAUGGGGCCUCGUUUGCAAAGACUGGGCACCAGACACCCUCUUUGAGACCAAUGUUGCCAUCUAUGACCAUAGGCAGUGCAGAGAUUUGUAUCCUAAUCUUGAUGAUGAGCAGGUCUGUGCUGGGAGACCCGGCGAGCCUGCGAAUUCUUCCAUGGGCGAUUCGGGUGGCCCCUUGGUGUGCAAUGGCGUGGCAGAAGGAAUCGUCUCGUAUGGCAAUCCCUGCCCUCCAGCAGUUUACACUCGCGUUGGCCAUUACCUUCCAUGGAUCAAGAAAACCAUGAAAUUGUGAACAGAAGAAGCAACCGUGGUGACAUACUGCCUUCUUUCCCACCCCUAAUGCUUUUGCUUGCUGAUAACCUGCUUGGCUUGCAUUCUGCAACAAAACACACCCACACACACACACCCUCCCUCAAUGGCGGCGAAAAAGGAAGAUCUAUCAGAUGUUUCAUACAGGAUGGUGUUUCGGCAAGUGCCUUCACUGCCUCCCGUCCCCUUGAAGAAAAUCCCUCUCACCCUUUUGCCCCCAGAUUUCCACCCUUGUUGGCAUUAAAAAGGGGUGGGCCUUAAAAGUUGCCAGUUUACCAUUUCACAUGCCAAACUCCUCCAGGCUAAUGGUUGGGGUGACAUACCAGAGGAACAGAGGGGAAAUUAAAUUCAGCUCAAAGGUAACAUUCACACUUUCUGGAAUAAGAUCCGAAACGCAGCCAUCCUUUCAAAUUCGCCCUCCUCUGAAUUUUGCAGUUUGGCUCUCCAGGCAAGUUUAGUGCACCAAGAUGCAGAUACUGGAAUGAGGUGUGUAUAUCAGUGUGCGUAGCAGUGAAAGGAGCCUGCCCCAAAUGCCUUAUUUUGGGGGGAUCGCUUUGCAAAGACGCGCCAUUUUGGCAAACUUGCAUGCAACUCUGUAUCUCAAGAGUAAUUCACAAUAAACUGCUAAUGCAUCCAC